AUAUAGAUGGGUCGGGCAUCCAUCCUGUAUUACCUGGAGCUCCAUUGACGGUGACUCCAUGUCCCGGCCUCCGAAGACAUCUUUGACCCGCUACGGUGGAUGGCUCCCAGUCAAUCCUGCGAUUAUCACGAGCUUCGUCCAGAAUCUCAUUCAGGUCAGCGCGCCUAAACGCAGGGCUAGGGCCGCCCAUACCGAACCUGUCGCAAACUUCCAAGCUGCUAUCAAUGCCGAUCCUGAGAUGGUCGACUUGUGGAAUCAGAUUUUCCUGCAGGCUUCUACGGAAAACAAGAUCACAGACUUUGACCAGUUGCUCUACUUGAUGGACGAAAUUAUUGUCGCGCCGCCGAGGUUCUAUAUGGCGAGGGACGACGCAGGCAACAUCAUUGGGGAACCUAUUGGUGUCCCCAUGUAUCUCCUCUUCGAUCUCCUUAGCAACACCGGUGCAGCCUAUGACCUCUUUCGCAAGCAGGCAUUCAAUGCUGCCCUGAAGGAUUUGUUGGACGCCUGGGGCGCGUACCUCAAGACCCCAGACUCCAACAAGACACUCACCGAUGACGAUGAGGGUUGGUUCGGCACUAUCGCCUUAAAGAGUCUCGAGGACAAGGAUCGCGGCGAGUUCAACACGACCUACGUGUGUCCUGAUCCUGAUGCAGUCAACCGUGGCUUCACCUCUUGGGACGAAUUCUUCACCCGUGAGGUUCAAGCCGACGCUCGCCCCGUCGAAGCCCCCCCCGCCGACGUCCCCGAGGACAAACAAGUUACUUUCAUCCACAGCGCCUGCGAGUCCACCGUAUAUCGCAUCCAGACCGAUGUCAAAGAUCAUGACCAGUUCUGGCUCAAGGGCCAGGCUUACUCCGUCUAUGACAUGCUCUACGGCGACGAGGACAAAGCCCAGUCCUUCAUCGGUGGAACAGUCUACCAGGCAUUCCUCAGCCCGCAGGACUAUCACCGCUGGCGUUGCCCCAUCGACGGUACCAUCACCCGUGCAGAUGUUGUUCCAGGAACCUACUAUGCCGUCCUCCCUGACGCUGGAGCUGAAGUCGGUGACCCCGACCUCCAGCCCGGCGACCCCCACGGAGCCCUCAUUCGCUCUCAGGCGUGGCUCACCCACUCCUCCACUCGUGCCAUCAUCUACAUCCAAGCUGACAGCCCAGACAUUGGACUCGUCGCCUUCAUCGGUGUUGGAAUGGCAGAGGUGUCGACUUGCGAGGUUACCGUUCAGAGUGGACAGAAGGUCUCGACUGGUGAUGAGCUCGGGAUGUUCCACUUUGGUGGCUCAUCCCAUGCUCUCAUUUUUGGUCCCCAGGUCAACCUCAUUUUUGAUGACGUCGUCGAAGUCGACCAGCACAUCAAGGUCAACUCGACCAUAGCCUAUGUCCCUGUGUCCAGCAAGGCGUAA